AGCUAGAAGGACAGGUGCUGAGCAGCACAGCGGAGGAGACGGGUUGGAUGAAUGUAGCCAGAGGAGGAAAAGGAGAGGCAGGUGGUCUCGGCUCUGUCCAGUAUAUUCACAGCACUCCUGUCGAUUACAAGGUCCACUGCUCAGAGUUCAUGGAGUUUGCAGAGGUGGAGAAUCGUCAUGAUUUUUACACCUCUGAGGUUCGUUACAUCCACACUCAGGACCCCAGAGGGUUUUACAUCAUGUACGACGCUGCUCUGCAGGACCUUGUAGAGCUGAUGAAUGAGCUUCUCCUCAUCGGCUCGCACUUCAUCCACAGAAACACGAUCAAACAAAUUGGAAAAACUGAGGGAGUGUCAGCCUCGACAGUAGAUUUCAACUCCUGGGCUGGGACAGAUGUUGACCGCAUUGCUUUGCUUCUCAAUUUGUGGGCAUGUGAGACUGAGUUCAUGGAGAGUAAAGUCCAGCUUUUAAACUGUUAUUAUGAAGCCUACCAGCAUGCAGUGGGCACAGAGGAGAGGUUUGCAUUGGCCCAAGUUAUCACUGACAUCAUGCACAGGAAGCCACAGCUGGACCUGAACCAGGAUAACUAUUUUCAGGCCUACAGGACUGAGAUCAGCUGCAUGCAAAGCCACCAGCGGCUGAUUCGAGACAUUCUGGACAAUCAGAUAGAGAGACAGCGACUGUACCUUCAGUGCAUCUGGAGAAAUGAUCACAAAGGCUUUAUAACCAGCUAUGGUCGUCCACCCAACUAUGUUCCCCAAUAUUUGGUCUCACUUGGAGGCACGAGGCCUGCUCUGAUGAACGUAUUCCUGCUAGAAGUUCACCCAUCACUCUGUCUGGCCUCUGCAGUCUAUCACGGAUUGGUUCAGGCUCACACUGAACUAUGUCAGUUGCACCGAGCCACGAGCAUCACUGACAAACUCCACCUCGAACACAACCUUUUAGAGCAGGCACUGAAAAUCUGGAACAACCAGACUUCACCAGGAGCCUCCUACAGCUCACAAAUACAAAGAGAUUUGUUCUCAGACGUGUUUAUUGAGGAUCCAAUUUUGGUCCAGAAGUUGGGCCUGUCACUAGUAAAAGCUGCAGAGGAGAGGGACAUGAAGCAAGGACCAGACAAGCUGAUAGACUGUGCUGUAGAAACAUUGUCCAUGCUGCUGGAGCUUAUGAGCAUCCGCCAUCGCCUGCUGGAAUCUGCCUCAGAGACGGCACAUCUGGCACAGCUGUACAGAAAUGUGGCCUUAGAGUUCGGCUUUGAGGAGUUCCACCUGUAUCUGAGGCCGCUGCAGUUUGAGUGUACUGAUCAGAAAGUCAGAGUCCAGCAGAGGCCUUUUUGUAUCACAGAAAUCCUGGAGGACGACAGCUGUGUGGACAGGCUCAUCCCAUCCCAUCUGCCUCUGAGCAUCCAGGAACUGGACGAGAACCAGAUCAGAUUUAGCUUCAGCUCAGAGGAAGCAGUUAUCCAUCUUAUGAACAGACAGAGUAUCAAGAACCUCCAGGUGGCGUUGGCCUGUCAGGUUACACAGAAGAACGCCUUGACGAGUGCGGUCAAACUGGCUCGACUUUGUCUUUGGGCAGAAAGUGACUCAUCUUCAGCCGAGGUUUGUGUUGCUCUCUGGUGA